ACCUGUCCAGCACCAUCGUCCAUCAGUAGUCAGUACUUGUGAAUUGUGAUAUAAUUUUAAUCCGUAAAAUUCAAGACACUUUGAUUGACAUUUCUUGUUAAAAAUAAAAAAAUAUCCUAUAUAAAAAUUAAAUUAGGAAUAAUUGUCAUGUUGAUGAUAUUAAAUUCAUGAUGUCAGAAACGAUCUCAUCAUCAACAACAACAACAACAAUAACAACAACAAUGGCAAGCCAAGAUGAUGAUUUUAUAAAAAGUGAUGAUUUUGAUACAUCUGAUGAUAAUGAUGGUCCUUCUGGUAUAAGAUGGGCACCAGUUGGUGCAAAUGAUGGUGACAGUGAUUUCAAUGAUGAUUACAAGUGUUCAGACAAUAUGGAAAGGACUCUUUCCUACAACAUGGACAGACUUAAAUUAUUGGAGGAAGAACAAGAAAUGCUAAAUUCAUCAUUAAUUGCACUAACAACUCAUUUUGCUCAGGUACAAUUUCGUCUUCGUCAAAUUGUUGAUGCUCCAACAAGUGAAAAAGAGAGUCUAUUAAAAGAACUUGAAGAAUUUGCAUUUCGUGGUAUUCCAGAUGUACCAUCAACAUUGUCAUUAAAAAAUAAAUUAUGUAAUUCAAUAAUGCAAUCAUCAUCAUCAACAACUAGUAGUAUAUAUGAUGCAAAUGAUAAAAAUGAAAAAUUAAUAAAUGACACAGAUGUACAAUUAAAAAUAGAUAAACAAAAAACAAAACAACGUGAAUUAAUUGAACAAUUAAAAAUUCAACUUGAAGAUUUAGAAAAAUAUGCAUAUGAAACAGAUGGACAAGAUUUACCACAAAGUGUUGUAUUAGAACGUCAAAAUUUAAUUAUAAAUCAUUUAAAAGAAAAACUCAAUUUUGAUAUUGAUGAUUUAUGUAAAUUACCAAUUGAUGAUUUACGAUGGCAAGUUGAUGAUGCAUUAAAUAAUUUAGUUAGUCCAUUAAAAAUGAAAGAACAAUUGGUUAAUCAAUUGAAAACUCAAGUUGCUGAUUUAGAAAGAUUUAUUCAUUAUUUACAAGGUGAAGUGUCAAAUGACACAUUGGCAUGUACAUGUGCAUGUCCAAUUCAUCUUAAUACAAUAAAAUCAUCAUCAACAACAACAACAUCCUCAUCAUCAUCAUCAAGACGUGAUAUUGAUAAUUCAUCAACAACAAUUAAUACUGUUAAAAAAGUUCUAACACUAUUACACAUUUAUUUAUUAUCACAGCUAGGCUGUAGUAGUAGUAAUAAUCAUCAUUAUGAUGGCCAAAAAAAAAGUAAAAUAACAUGGAAAGAUUUACGUACACGUCUUGAUAUAUCAAUUGAGCAUGUAUUGGAUAUUGUUGAUGAAAAUAAUAAAUCAAUUGACAAUGAUAAUAGUGAUUAUUAUGAAGAUGAUGAUGAUGAUGAUGAUGAUAAUGGUGACAUAUUUAUAUCUGGACAAAUGAAAAAAAAAACAAACAACAACAAGCUAACUGGUGCUGUUAGAAAACAUUUAUCAAUAUGUUUACGUGACUUGAUGCAACAUGGACUUUGUUCAGAUUCAAAUGUUAAUAGUGUUGUUCCAUUUGUCGGUUGUUUUCCACAUAAAAAAACAACAUUAAAUACAAUACAUGUUUGGCAAAUUAUUGUUAAAUAUUACGAGUAUAAAAAUGGACAUAGAUAUUGUUCGAGUACUGCACAAAAAUUAUCACAAAGUUUUAAUUUAGAUCUUGUUAAUGACAAAUGUGUUUCAACAAAACAAAGUUUACUUGUUACUAUUGGUAAUAUUAUUGCUAGUCAUACACCAUACAAAAGAAGUUUUAAUUCACAUUUUAAGGCAUUUGUUUGUGCUGCUUUAAAUGCAAAUAAAUUGGUCGUUUGGCUUAAACUUAUUCUUCAGUGUCAGUAUUUGUUGGAAAAUCAUUAUGCUUCUUGGAGUUAUGUUGUUAAAACAGGAUUUCAAGAUGCAUUUUAUGCCCUUGAUCGUCUGACAAAUGUUAAAUUUGAGCUUCCUGUUGAUUUGGCUGUUCGCCAAUUUACAAAUAUCAAAGAUGCAUUUUAAAUAAUACAAGUAUAAUUUAAAAACAAAAAAAAAAAACCAAAGAAGAUGUAAAAAUCAAUAUACCAAAAAAGGAAAAAAGAAAAAAACUAUGACAAUUAAUUAUUAAUCAAAUGUAUGUGUUUAAAUGCCAAAGUUUCUUAAUUUAAUGAAAUUGUUUAUUAUUUUGUUAUUAAUUAUUAUAACAACAAGGGGGGAUACUUGAAGUUACUUGAAAUAAAUUUAAUAAUCAUUCAAAAGUGCUGCACCGUAGGUAUCACAAAAUAAACAAAAAAAGUUUAUUAUAAUAUAUUAUUCAAAUGUUUUAUUAUUAAUAUUGUUGAGUACAUGUUGAGAAAAAAUUAUAAUAAUUAAAUAAAGUGUUAAUUAUUUAUGAAAAAAAAAAAAAAAAAAAAAAAAACAU